CGCUCUUCGUCUUCUCGGCCUGGUCUUCUUGACCUCAUAAAUAGGCCCCUUUGUCUGACUCUCCUAGUUUGUGUUCUGUGCAACGCGAACUUUCUCACCGGAAUCUGGAUUGCGACCUGUGUGCGAUUGUUCUACAACGUUAUCAUGGGAGCUCUACGAUGGCUCUCCAUUCUUGCUGCGGCUUCAGCGGCUUCAGCACUGACCCCCGAGCAAUUGAUUAGUGCUCCGCGGAGAGACGAAGUCAUCCCCAAUCCAUCUGGAGCUCUCGGUUUCUUCUCCGUCUCCCAGUACUCCUUUGACACCCAUUCCGGAAGCUCAUGGUGGAGUCUGAUUGACCUGAAAUCGGGUGAGACCAGUACUCUCACGAAUGACAGUAAUGUCUCUGAGAUCAUCUGGCUUGGCACGGAUGACUCCACUAUUCUCUAUAUCAAUAGUACCAACGCAGACAUUCCCGGUGGUGUCGAGCUGUGGAUCUCAGAUAUCGCAGACUUCCAGAACGGAUACAAGGCAGCCUCCCUACCAGCGAACUUCCUCGGUCUCAAGACAGCUGUCACGGACUCGGGUGAUGUGCGGUUCAUUCUUCGUGGCAAGGCUUAUGGCAAUGGCACGGCCUACAAUGAGAAGCUAGCCGAGAAGUCCCUGAGCUCAGCUCGCAUCUAUGACAGCCUCUACAUCCGCCAUUGGAACACGUACCUUACCCCACCCUCUCAUGCUGUGUUCUCAGGCACAUUGAGCAGUUCGGCUGGCGGUAACAGCACGGGUCGUUAUGCUUCAGAAGGUGGUCUUACGAAUCUGGUGUCCCCCAUCAAGAAUGCCGAGAGCCCUUAUCCUCCCUUUGGAGGAAACUCGGACUAUGAUCUCUCGCCCGACGGCAACUGGGUAGCUUUUAAAAGCAAGGCCCCGGAGCUACCUCGUGCCAACCUUACUACUUCUUACAUCUUUCUUGUGCCUCAUGAUGGUUCGAAGAAGGCUGUUGCAAUCAAUGGACCCAAGAGUGCCGUCACUCCUGCUGGGGUUCAAGGAGAUUCUAGCAACCCCGUCUUCUCUCCGAACAGUGACAAACUUGCAUACUUCCAGAUGGAAGACAGACAGUACGAAUCCGACAGGCGCACCUUGUACGUCUAUACUAUUGGUGCUAAUGAGUCUAUCACCACACUUGCCAAGAACUGGGAUCGAUCGCCAGACACGGUAGCUUGGGUCGAUUCAGACAAUCUUGUCGUUACAAGUGAGGACUACGGUCGAACCAGGCUUUUCGCUAUUCCAGCGGAUGCAGGAGAUGACUUCAAGCCGAAGAAUUUCACCGACGGUGGCUCUGUAUCGGCGUACCAUGUCCUGCCAGAUUCCACUAUCCUUGUCACCGGAAAGGCCAUGUGGACUAGUUGGGCUAUCUAUACAGCUAGUCCCGACCAGGGGGUCAUCAAGACACUGGCAUCCGCCAACGAGAUUGAUCCCGAGCUUGCUGGAUUGAGCUCUGCUGAUAUUGAUGAGUUUUAUUAUCAAGGUAAUUGGACCGAGAUUCAUUCCUGGAUCAUCUACCCGGAGGGCUUCGACAAGAGCAAGACUUAUCCUUUCGUUCUAUACAUCCACGGUGGACCCCAAGGCUCAUGGGCCGAUUCCUGGAGCACGCGCUGGAAUCCCAAGGUCUUCGCCGAUCAGGGCUACGUCGUCAUCGCCCCGAAUCCAACAGGCAGUACUGGCUUCGGGGACGCCCUCACCGACGCCAUCGCAAAUGACUGGGGAGGCGCUCCCUACGACGACCUCGUGAAAGCCUGGCAGCACGUCCACGACAAUUUCGACUUCAUCGACACCGACCACGGCGUCGCCGCCGGCGCCAGCUACGGCGGAUUCAUGGUCAACUGGAUCCAGGGCUCGGAGCUGGGCCGCAAGCUCAAGGCGCUCGUCUCUCACGAUGGGACAUUCGUCGCCGAUGCGAAGAUCGCCACCGACGAGUUGUGGUUCAUCGAACAUGACUUCAACGGCACCUUCUGGGCCAACCGCGACAACUACCGGCGCUUCGACCCCUCCGCUCCCGAACGGAUCCUCCAGUUCGCGACCCCGCAGCUCGUCGUCCACAGCGACAAGGACUACCGCCUCGACGUCGCCGAGGGCAUCGCCUUGUUCAACGUCCUCCAGGAGCGCGGCGUGCCGAGUCGGUUCUUGAACUUCCCGGAUGAGGAUCACUGGGUUACCAACCAGGAGAACAGCCUCGUCUGGCAUCAGCAGGUUCUCGGUUGGUUGAACCGGUACUCCGGCGUGGAGGAGUCGAACCCGCACGCCGUCCGGUUGGAGGACACGGUGGUUCCGGUGGUGGAUUUCGACUCUUGAUUUGUCAGGCGGGGUGGAUGGAUGGCUUUCCAUCUCUUGUAUCUACUGUCUCCCUCGAUGCUCUCGGGGAGAUACAUGGUGACAGAAUACUGGAC